AUUAUAUGUAUGCUCAUUGCAGGGCCGGUCAUCGGCCAAAGCGCACGUUGCUUCUAUCACGGCGCGUGCUAAAAACGAUUCUUCGUCGAUGGGGGCGAGUCACGCGAGUGCGCGAGUUCUGAAAAAAUUAAAUAUUAUUCCGGAAGGGAAUUCACACUUCUCUCUCUGUCUCCUCGGUGGUGUUUAUACACUUUGCGGUGCAUACUCGUGGGGAUUACGGCGACUCGAGGCCGAUUGAAAUUGAUAACGCUUUACGGUUGCGAUAAGUUGCGUAAAGAAUCCUAUAAUUUGAAACUUAUUAACUUUGAAAUAAAUAUACGAUUCGAGAAUCAUCUUUUUUUUUUAAAUCGAGGGUGCGUGAAAAUCGAAUACGUUAAACGUCUAAUGGAGAAGUGCAGUUUAUCAGCUGUUGAUUGGUUGUCAAACGUUAAAUUUAAACGUGUCUUUUGAUGAAUCGACGCGAGUACAGGGAAGCAUUACAACUGGCAACGAUUUAACGAGAGAGAGGGAGAGCUCGGCUUCGCCGAGACGCGGUUUCUCACGCGCGGACUGGAUCGUCGUGUUGUUAAGAUCGAUCAAGACGGAUCGCCCUCGAGAGAUUGCACGUUCAUUUAAACGUUCAUCAGAUCUCCGGAGUUUCCAGUUACGUACAGUGCAAGCCGAUGGAGAAGUUACGUGCGUUCGUCCUCCGCGAGAAGUGCGCGAAGACGCGGAACGACGGCGGCGAUCACGACACGGCCACGCGUUUGUUGAUCGAUAAUGAGGAUUACGUGAAAACGAGGAGGAGUCGCGUGUCAGGCGACAACUCACAAUUCUCUCGCAUUCAGACUGAGAAGUGGCGCGAGAAGUCUCAAGGACUGCGGAGCAAAAUUUACUCCAGAAUCCUGAUCCCACCGUUGAUUACGAAGACAUCAUACAAAGAUCUGGCAAAUAUGUCUCGAAUUCCUCUUAUGACACCUGAGAGCGGUUUGCAAGACGCAGAUCGUCAAAAUAUCGUAAUGCUUGAGGCUGGAUUACCUGGCGACACUUGGACGUAUUGCGUCGAGAGAGAACGACUAGCUAGAAGAUCAGAAUGGUUUCGGGCGAUGCUUACAGGUCCGCUCGCACCACCAGCGACAAAUUCGCCGCCGUUGUUGCGAUUGCAACACGUUGACAAGCGGGCGUUCGAUCAUUUUCUCAGAUAUCUUCACGACGAGCCCGUCAAUUUUAUAUCGGUCUCGACGGCCAGGGCCACUCUCGACGCGGCUCAUCAGUACCUUUGUCCUGGCCUCGCGCGGCUCGCCGUAUCGUAUCUUGAGAAGCACCUCACACCAUCGACCGUACUUGAAAUUUACCAGGGCCUCGGGCUCUACGCGAACGAUCUGCGGGAGGGAGAUUCUGGCUUUGACAGAUCUCCAAAUUCACCGUCGGCACCACCUCCACCCGGGGACGACGCCGGUGUAAUAGCUCUCGUGUGCACCGAUCUUCUGCUCAAGUGCCUGUCUGUGAUCGACUCGAAUCCGGCGAAGGUGUUGCAUCAGGAGCAGUUCGAGGAACUUAGCGCUCAGGAGGUCGCCCAAUUAGCGCGCCGCAACACUCUGAAUAUCACCAGCGAGUGCAUCCUGUUCUCCGCAUUGGACAGGUGGGCCGCAGCCGAGUGUAGGAGACAGGGUGUCGAGCCUCUCCCAGUCAACAAGAGAGCCGUCCUCACGGACGACGUCUGCUUCAGCGUGCGGUACCUUCUUAUGAACGACCGGGAAUUCGUCAGCGGCCCUAUGGCAAGCGGUAUCCUGACUAACGAGGAGUGCGUCCACAUCGUCUCUAAAAUACUCAGGCAUCCCGAGAGCUCGAAAAAUGAUAGUUUUCGCAACAACGCAGCCGUUCAUCCGUCCAGAUUGUCCAACGCGCCCAGGAUGGCGUAUAAACGAGAGGACGUGGACUGCAAUAUGUUGAGGCCGGGUAAAAAAGAGCGACAGGAUAAUCGGAAAAAUAGAAGGAGAGAGUGUGCCAGUCAAGGGCAAAGGACCUGCGCUAGAAUAGGAAAUUGCCUCGUACAAAUCUUAGCUUGCGUGUUUGAUUAAACAUUGCACCGUGGAAUUAUAAUUAAUCGCAGAACUUCCAAAUUUUCCCACCGAAAGAGAUAUUGUCUUAAUUUCUACGGCACUGUGUUUCUUUUGUUGCAAAUUUCUCCCGACAAAUCAAGACACGAGAUAAUAAACGAUACAGAAGAAUUAAAAGCGA